AUGGGCAUUAACGCCUCCUUUCCCAUUGACAAACCAAUCCCGCCGUUAUCACUGCAACUGGAUAACAAUCGCGUUAAACUGCGUCUGAAUAUUGAUCUAACGACGGAAGCGCUAAUUGCGCUACUAUCGUCGACCGAAAGGUCACCGACAGCUUCUGCCGCAUAUGAGAUGGCCAGUGUCACAACCGGAUAUAACAUGACCAAUAUCAGUGAGAACAGCAGUGAUUCGACUGUCAGCCAUGAACGAGACCGUUUAGUCUUCAUGGAUGAAAUACCACAAGCACCCGGCGAUUCCGGUAUAGUUGUUGGUCAACCAGUGGAGACAGCGGUAACUUCAACGCCGACGACAGCAGCGACAACAUCAACGUCGGCUUAUACAACAACACUGGAAAGCACUACAGAAUACAACAUCUUUCUUAAUCUUCCGCCCGAAUGUAACCCGAACUGCCCGCCGGGUUUUACGCUGCCUACGGAAAGUACGGUUACUACGACAUCUACCACGACAUCUACGUCUACAUCCCAGUCGACGACAUCCACUUCCACCACCUCAACAGCAACCGAAGCGACCACACCCACCACAACUACGACGCCGGAAUCAACAUCAACGUCGACAACGCUUCUUUCAACAAUAUCUUCAACGCCGGAAUCAACACCCACAACGCUGCAAUCAACAACGUCUUCAACACAGGCAACAACAACCACGACACCAGUAACCCAAGAAACCACAACCUCGACGGUCUCCACUUCCACUCUGGACCCGUUCGCGAUGUUCUACGGCUCGGCAACAGCACCCGAAGAGCGAAUACUGGAUGUCGGGGUGACGCCCAUUCCGCACUAUCCAAGGCCAACCGCCAAUAUGCCCAAGCUGACCGGACCAGCUAUCUGCAUUCCUUUACAAGGUCAUUUUAUUGGAAAUUUGUUCCCGGUUUCACAGAGUCUUUACUGGAAUGACGGGAAUGAGCGGAACAGUGUGUUCACCUUGCUGACGGAUUCUUUGAUGCAGAGCAAUUUGAGUCCCGAAGUCAAGUCAGCGUUACGCGGGCUGGAGUUGACCAAGGGUCAGUUUGUUGCGCUGUUGAAUAAACUAAACAACGACGGAUUAGGCAAUACACUGAAACUGAUACUUCCGCAGAUAAAAGAGGAUGUUGGUUGA